UGCCUUCAUCAAGAAAAAAUCAUUUAAAAAACACCAUUAUAAGUGAAACCAGUCUAGUGGGAAACCAAUUAACCUUUGCAUUUUCACUUUCCCCCAGGCCCAGGACCUGAACGUGAUAGAGGAAGUGAUCCGCAUGAUGCUCGAAAUCAUCAACUCCUGUCUCUGCAACUCUUUACACCACAAUCCUAAUCUAGUCUACGCUCUGCUGUACAAGAGGGAGAUGUUUGAGCAGUUUCGGACACACCCUUCCUUUCAGGACAUUAUGCAGAAUCUAGACACUGUGAUUGGUUUCUUCAGUCAGCGACUGGAACAGGCUGGUAGUGACCUCUCUGUGGAGCGAGUCCAGGAGGUCAUCAUGAAGGGAGCCCAGGCUCUGCCGAAAGACAGACUCAAGAAAUUUCCUGAGCUCAAGUUUAAAUAUGUGGAGGAGGACCAACCUGAAGACUUCUUCAUCCCAUACGUCUGGUCCUUGGUUUUCAACUCCGGAGUGGGUCUGCACUGGAGUCCACAGGGCAUAGAGCUCUUCAGCAUGGACUCUGGCUGAUGCACCUGUGACGGUCCCAGGUCCCUCUGAUCAAACAUGCAAGCGUGUGUGUAUGUGUGUGUGCUUUGAAAGUGCCUCAACCUUGUACAGAACCGGGUGUCAGUUAAAUUCAAAGCCUUUUUCUUCCUUGUGAUUCUCUGCUUGGACACUGCAGGGUUCAUUUGUACUUGUUAUUUACCACCUAUAGAAGUCCUAUAGAGUAUUUGAGUGGCUUCUGUGGCACAGCUGAUUGGAGCACCGCUUCACUCUGGCAAUGGAUCAUUCUCUGCUUUUCUUAUGAUGAAAAGGUCAAACUCUGUCAUGUAUUGUUACAUUAAUACCUUUUAUGCGAUAUAGACCUGCUAUCCAAGCCAGCCAGUUGUGCUGCCAGUUUAAUUUGAUAUUCACAGGAUUCUCAAUAAAUUGAUGGAAAAUAAUAUUUCAGGAUAUGUAUCAGUAUAGCUACCAAAUGUAUUUUCCCAUUAGCAGCUUCCUUCUUCCACUGUGUCUACAUCUAGGCUUUUUUGAAUAUUGAAUUGUAUAGAUGAUAUAAUAUCACUUUUUUACACUAUUUUAAUUUAUUGGGAUGCAUCUGUUCUAUCAAUAUAAAUAUUUACUUUAAACACUCCUGUUUAUACAGGUGUCUGUAAUAGAAUUUGCUUUUGUAAGUUUAAACAGGUCAGACUUAAAUAGAAACAGAACAUUUCUGUUCCAGGCUACAGAAGUGCUUCAUAUUUAGUGAAAAAUGCAUGUAAAUCCCAGGAUGCAACAUGGUCUCUCUUGAUUUAUUGUAUUUCUCUCUUGCUCUCUGCCCAUUUAUUUGACUUUCUUGUAUAUUUUUUCCUGGUGGAAUUCAAAGAUUAAACAUAGUUUGGGCAGUCAUUGUUUUGCAUACUUUUAAUUUUAUUUGAUGUUUAUUCAGAAAAGUUACUUAAAAAAAUAUUUAUUUUGAUGUAUAUUGGUUUUAUAUACAAAGAAACCCCUAAAUGUGUGUCCUAGUAGUGCAAAAAUGACUACUAGUAAUGAUGAGUGCAGGUACCAUUGUGACUUCCCAGCAGAGCUGUCAUUUGAGGCAAAUAUUACUUUGGGAAAAGGGGGUUAAAUAAAAAAAUAAUAAUUAUCAAAAUCUGGAA